AUGGCCUUGCUUACUUGUGGCUCAGUGGUAGAGCGGCAUCAGAGGGCGGAAUCCGAAGGUCUGAGGUGUGCAACAUGUGAAACUGCCAGCAGACAGUCAAAAAAGCCUCGCAUACACGACUGCAGACUCAACUGGGAAGGCUCGUCAAAAGCUAUGGAAGCUGAUGUUUGUGUUGAUCUAGUCAAAAGGCCUCCCUGUGGCAAGGAUCUGACAGACAAAAGCUUGAGGCAGUCCCUGGGAAAGAUCAUAGAAGUUUAUGCUUCAAAUGCCAAGAAGCUAGCUCCCCUUGGGUCAAGCCAGGCAAAUGAAGCACUCCACAACACUAUAGGAAGCAAAGCUCCAAAGAUCAGACACUACAGAUCUAGCAAAAACAAUGACUUCUGUGUUGCAUGUGCUGUUGGCCAAAAGAACUUAGGCCAUUCUUAUGUUUCUCAGAAACAUCCAGAAGGGGGUAAUGAUGCCGAAAUCCUACAAAUUACAGCAACAGAUGGUAAAGAUGAGUUCUUUAUUUAUGUCAAGCCUUAUCAUGUAAUAUCACCAGAAGCAUCUGAUGUGAACAAACUCACCUUCCAAAGAGGAAUGAUGUUUCAUGAUGGGAAGCCAAUUACUGAUGCCAUUGCAAUUGAUGUGACCCUGCAGAACUUCAUUGAGUGGCUGAAAUCAAGAAUGCCUUGCAUUUUAGUCGCGUACAAUUGCAAAUCCUUUGAUGCCACGUUCUUGGUACAAGCAGCAGAGAAAAAUGGAGUCAUAGAUGACUUAGCUAAAACUGUUUCUGGCUUUACAGACUCUAUUCCAGCAUUCAGGGAAUUGCCUCCUAAAAGGAAAUCCCAUAGCCAGGAAAACCUUGUACAAGAUCUUCUGUGUAAAUCCUAUGAAGCUCACAAUGCUCUUGCAAAUGCGCAAAUACUCUACCAGCUGGUGAACAAGUUUCUAAAUGUCAAACUGCUACAAAAGCAGAGUUUCAAAGUUUCAUGGGUGACAUCCUAUCAAAAGCUCCUAAAAGAAAAGAAACUUCUGGUUAAUACCCCACAGCCAUUAGUCAGAGAUAAGUACAUUUCAGCCUUGAUGGCCAUUAAGUGUGCAAGCUCAGAGCGCGCUGUACAAAGAGAUCUUCAAGGAGGAAUAAGCAUAGGAACAGCUGCCAUGGAAGAUAUUUCUGGUACAAAUCCUAUAGAAAAGGCGGGUUUUUUCUCUCUGAUAACUUUCUCUUGGCUGAAUGAUGUUCUCAAGCUUGGUAAUAAACAGCCCUUAGACGAAAGCCUUUUAUUCCGGGUGGAUACUUCGAAUCGAACAGAAAGACUAGUUACUGAAUUGGAACGAGAAUGGGUCGUGGAGAAAAGAGCAACUGCACACCAACGAACAAAGCCUCGCUUAUGGAGGGCCAUGAUGAGAACGAUUUCCCGCCGAGAUUAUGUCAUUAUGGCAUUACUAAGGCUAUGUUACUCACUGACAUUGCAUGCGCUACUUCUGUUGAUAUGGUACUUCUUGAGAAGUAUUUCUACAGGCACAGGUAUCAGUUACAAGACAUCUCUGCCCUUUGUCAUUGGUAUUUUUCUGGUCACCAUGAUGAGAACUGUCGUGCAAUCCAAAGCCAUGUUUAAGGCGCACGUAUUAGCCAUAAGACUGAAAGUUGCCGUGGUGGGACUCAUUUAUAAGAAGAUUCUCAACAGUCAGAGAUGCACCUUAGAAGACUCGCUUUCGGAGAACACUAUCAACCUUGUUUCCAACGAUGCUCAAAGUAUUGAGGAGCUGGGUUAUGUCUUGUAUUCAUUUUCAUUCGCCUUUGUAGACCUCAUUGCCUCUUUGGCUCUUGUAUGGUACUUAGUGGCCUGGCAAGCGUUGUUAGGAAUUUCCUUUUUUCUUGUCGUCGUUGCUUACGGAUCCUUCAUAGCUCGUGAAACUGGGAAAAUACGCCACCGGGCUGCUGCAGUAACUGACGAGAGGCUGAAGAUAAUGAAUGAGAUCAUCUCUGGUAUCCGCAUGGUGAAAAUGUACGCUUGGGAAUGGAACUUUAGGGAUCUGGUUGCACAAAUAAGAAGGAAAGAGAUCUCUCUGAUUCGUAUACGAGGAUUCUUCAUCUCCAGUAUCUACGCACUGUUCUUCACCAGCUCCACGAUUGCAGGUUUUAUUUCAGUCGUAACGCUGCUCCUUACAGGGAAUCUGCUGACCUCAUUUAUGGCUUUUACAUUGCUUUUGGUGUUGAGUAACACUAAAAUGGUGGUGACAAUAUUCCUUGUUCAUGGAUUGCGCUACAUUGCCGACGCAAGGACGGCUUGUUGCAGAAUGCAGAGGAUACUAGAAAAGAAUUCCUUGUCAAAGAUGCAAAUAGAUCACGGCGAUACAAUAUUGCCCUUUACAGACCGAAGAAAGCGAUCGAAUUUUGUCAGAAUUGAUAGUUUUAAAAAUGGAAAACCGGUAUUAGUUGGUGUUCGAAAGCUGGAACCGCUAAUCGACAACCAUCCACCGAAGGUUACGCUCGACAAAGUUUCGUGUGCUUGGAGUAAAACGUCGGAGAUUCCUGCGCUACAAAACGUUUCGUUAGAUGUUGCUGAUGGGCAGCUUGUGGGUUUAACAGGCCCAGUUGGAAGCGGAAAAACAACUUUACUACUUAGUAUUCUGGGAGAACUUCCCGUAUGUUCUGGUCGAAUUUCUUGUAUCGGAAAAAUGGCUUUCGUAUCCCAAAUUCCUUGGGUCUAUUCAGGCACAGUGCGAGAAAAUAUUGUGUUUGGCAGACAGUUUGUCGCCGAAAAAUACAAUAAAGUUAUCAUGGUUUGUGACCUUGAGAAAGAUAUUAAAUGUUUUCCUAAAGGCGAUCUAACUGAAAUUGGUCAACGCGGAGUCAUCUUGAGCGGUGGUCAGCGUGCUCGAGUAAGUCUAGCACGCGCGAUAUACACUGAUGCUGACAUUUACUUAUUGGACGACCCACUCAGUGCAGUGGAUGCCAAAGUCGGCAAAAAUCUAUUCGAGAGGUGUAUCAAGGAGUUUCUGGGCGGAAGAAUACGCAUUCUGGCUACUCAUCAGCUGCAGUUUCUAAAAAAGACUGACAGCGUUGUGCUGCUUGAGAAUGGUUCGGUUGUAGGUCAAGGGACUUAUAGUCAAGUACUUCAACUCAGCAUGGGCUUUCGCUUUUUUCAGCGUGAAGCGAAAGGAGCCCCCAGUUUGGAGAAAGAUGAUCUUGAAAUGGCUACAGUUGUGUGCAAAGACAAAUCAAUGACUGUCCCUCAAAUAGAAGGUGAAAGAGUGGAUCUCACAGAUGAUGCGGAGGAUAGAAUGAUUGGAAGUGUGAAGUGGUUGUUGUACUGGAAAUAUUUCAGAACUGCACUGCCAACUAUCAUGAUAGCAAGCCUUUCCGUUUUCUUGACUUUUGUACUAGUAUUGUGGAUAGCACCCUUCUGGUGGGUCUCAAGAAUGACAGAAAUGCCAUUUGAAAAGCAAAAAAAUUUCAUCACUCUUUCGGUGUACGGAUCAAUUGCUAUUGCUUCCUUGCUUUUUACAAUCGUAUCCUCUUUCUGUUUCUAUGUCACUGCUUUGAGAGCAUCAGGAAACCUUCAUGACCAGAUGACAAACGCUGUUCUCAAAGCACCAGUUUUAUUCUUUGAUACUAAUCCAGUUGGUCGCAUCUUGAACCGUUUCUCCAAAGAUGUCGGUUGCAUGGAUGACCUGCUUCCAGGAAAGUUUCUCUUUGCCGUUCAAUUAUGUCUUCACUUUCUUGGUGCUACCAUACUUUCAGCGGUAUCCAAUGUUUGGCUCUUCAUUACUUGCACUCCAUUAACAGUACUUUUUAUCUACCUGACUAAAUAUUAUUUGAAAUCCGCUCGAGAGCUCAGGCGACUUGAAGCUAUAACCUGCAGUCCGGUGUAUUCCCUUAUUGCUGAUACAAUGGCUGGAUUAGAGGUGAUAAGAUCAUCUGGGAUGGAGGAUAAUUUUCUGCAAAAGUUUUAUCGAUAUCAAGACAAGAACACGUCUGCCCUGUUUUUGCUGAAGGCCUCAACACGAUGGCUUGCUUUCCGAGGAAAUUGUUUGAGUAAUUUUCUUGUCACUUCUGUGUCGGCUGGAGCUUUGUUUGCAACACAAAACCCAGCUUUGGCGGGAAUGUCCCUUACUUUCGCAGUCGACACGUUGGAAGCAGCCCAGUACGGUAUCCAGGUAGCCUCAGAAACAGAAAACUACAUGACAUCAGUGGAAAGGGUGUUUACCUACACUCAAAUCGAAUCUGAACCUGGAUACAAGCUAGACAGCCUACCUCCUGAGUCGUGGCCAACAAAAGGCACUUUAACAUUGCGAAACUUAUCUUUAUCAUACUUGAAGGGAGCACCACCAACUUUGAACAGAAUAAAUUUAUGUAUCUCUGAUAAGGAGAAGGUUGGUGUGGCGGGUCGUACGGGAGCUGGAAAAUCAUCAUUAGUGACGGCUUUGUUUAGAACACCAGAACCAGAAGGCGAGAUUAUCAUAGAUGGCAUAGAUAUCACGCAUCUCAAUAUACAGGCAGCUCGCAGAUCUAUGGCUGUCAUUACUCAGGAUCCUGUCCUCUUUAGCGGCAGCCUUAGGAAGAACUUAGAUCCCUUCUCCUUAUACAAAGAUCAUGAUCUGUGGAGAGCUUUGGAAGAUGUACAGUUAAGUUGCCUGGUACAACAAUUGCCUGAAAAGCUGGAGUACAAGUUGAAAGAGUCUGGGAGCAACUUCAGUGUCGGCGAGCGCCAGUUGGUCUGUUUAGCGCGUGCACUGUUACAGAAAAGUAAGAUAAUCAUCCUAGAUGAAGCCACAGCUAAUGUCGACUUCAAGACAGACAGACUGAUUCAAGACGUUAUUCGCAACAGAUUUAAAGACUCCACAGUAAUAACCAUCGCCCAUCGCUUGAACACCAUCAUAGAUUAUGAUAAAAUGGUGGUUAUGGAUGAGGGACGAGUGUUAGAGUUUGACAAACCUGAAGUGCUGCUACAAAAUGAGGAUGGAAUCUUUGCUCGUCUUGUGCAUACCCAAAAUGUAACAGCGGCACAUUGAGCUCGGCUUUAAUCGACGAUGGAAUCACACUCACGUUUGCAUUACAACAUAUAUUGGUACCAGUCUCCCUUUCCGCCUUAGUAUAUUUUUAAUUCGUGUUAACCGAGGAUAGUUUUGCAGUUUUCCUUGUAAGGAAUAAUUCCCAUUUGAAAGGAGUUCGUCAGUUAAAUUCUAUGAGAAAGGAGAACGCUCCUUCAUCUCAUCGCAGUAAGUUAAGCUUCUCCCUUAGUUUGAAGAUAGCUCAUUUAAUUUUCAACGUUUUCACAUCGUCUUUUUUGUUUUUACACUUUGGGAACCUCUUAGAAGAAUCGUUUUCUCAGAUGAGUUUGUAACGUCUCAUAAUAGGUAUGAAUAUUGGGCUAUUCGUUUAUUUUAUUGGCAUAAGUAGAAAGAUGUUAUAGUGUAGUACUGAGGCAUAUCAACAACCCACUGACCGUUUUAAAUUUUUUUUAAGUUCAUGAUAGCAGGUAAAAUUAAUUCAUUAUCUUAUAAGGAUAUUGAGAUACCCCGUUCCGACAAACUGGACUUAAGGGUACUCAAAUUCGAGGUCCUGUCGUCUUGUAAAACAUGAAGAGUACGGCGUGGUACUGACAUAAAAGUGAACCUUUAGUAACAGAAAGCAUGAUCUACU